CGGUGUCGCUCUUACAUUCACCUUCCGACACCCAGUCUCAAGUGCUACCUCGUGUCCGGCAUUGUCACUGCCGCCGUAUCCCGCGCAUUGUCAGGCCCCAUGUUGACUGCGACUCGUUGACAUGUCCCGUUCGUCCACCCCGGCUUUGCCCAUGUACAAUGCCUCGAGGCAGGAUCUAGCUCCCCCUGAACAAGGACGACCACCUCUCAACCGACAAAGGACUCCGCAAACCGUCACAGCCAACCAUGCAGUCCUUACGCCGCAGGAAACAGCGACCCGCCUCUCAACAUCGCUGACUCAUGGAUUGCAACCGAACGAAGCUGCCACACGUCUUCAUAGCGAUGGCCCGAACGAACUACCUCACGAGGAACCUGAACCGCUAUGGCUGCGCUUUGUCAAGCAGUUUCAAGAGACUUUGAUAUUGUUGCUCCUGGCAUCCGCCGCCAUCUCUGCCGUCAUGGGCAACUUGGAAGACGCCAUCAGUAUUGCUAUUGCCGUCUUGAUUGUCGUCACAGUCGCUUUCGUCCAAGAAUACCGCUCAGAGAAGUCUAUGGAGGCCUUGAACUCGCUCGUACCUCACUCUGCCCAUGUCAUCCGCAGCGCAGAGCGCAGGCCCGAGAAUGACACACUCGAGGACGCUGAGAAGGUCUCUUUGGCCAAUGCUGAAAAGGCGUCGACGACUAUCCUCGCUGGUCAAUUGGUCGUCGGAGACCUUGUCCUCUUCCACACUGGCGAUCGCAUUCCUGCCGACAUACGUAUCACUCGUGCUGCAGACCUGUCCAUCGACGAGUCCAACUUGACUGGUGAAAACGAGCCUGUUCACAAGUUUGCUGCAAGCAUCACAGCACUGAAAAGAGAAGGAUAUCCCAGCUCGCCUGUAUACGCGUCCGAGGCUUCAGGUACUGUAGGUGCCGACCUGCGUCUGAACGAGCAAAAGAAUAUCGCAUUUAUGGGAACACUCGUUCGCUCAGGCUACGGACAGGGUAUCGUCAUUGGUACAGGAGGUGGUACGGAAUUCGGAGCCAUCUCUGCUUCACUGCAAGAGAUUGAGAGUCCUCGUACUCCCCUACAGCUUUCCAUGGACAACCUCGGCAAAGAGCUCAGCUACAUGUCCUUUGGCAUCAUCGCUUUCAUCAUGCUUAUUGGUUUCAUCCGUGGAAGGCCUUUCCUGGAACUGUUCCAAAUCGGUGUUUCUCUUGCUGUGGCUGCUAUUCCCGAAGGUCUGCCCAUUAUUGUCACCGUCACCUUGGCUCUCGGCGUACUUCGCAUGUCAAAAAGACAUGCCAUCGUGCGUAGGCUUCCGAGUGUGGAGACUCUUGGCUCUGUCAAUGUCAUUUGCAGCGACAAGACUGGAACUCUUACCAUGAACCAUAUGACUGUGACCAAAAUGUGGCACUUUGACGAUGAGGCACCGGUAGAUGUAGUAAAGGUGCAUGCAACAGCCCCCUCUGAUUCGGCCACACGCUCUAUCCUACGUAUUGGCAACAUUGUCAAUAAUGGAAGACUAGGUUCCGAGUCUUCUUCUCACGCAACAGCGGCUUCCGCAGCCAUUCUUUCCUCUACCAUGGGAGGCGAUAUGUCCAACGCAAAGAGCCGCUGGACUGGUCAGCCGACCGAUGUUGCACUUCUGGACCUCCUGGAUGCGUUCGGUGAAGAUGACAUUAGACACAACAUCGGUAGCAGACGUAACGAGACGCCAUUCAGCUCAGAGCGCAAAUGGAUGGGUGUAGUCAUUCACAACCCGCUCGAACCUAACGGACCUGCAACCGCCUACAUCAAAGGUGCUCUCGAGCGUGUCCUUGGGCGCUGUGACACUUACAUGACUUCCCAAGGACGCGAAGUUGUUCUGGAUGAGCAGAGACGUCAAGAAGCGUUGAAGGCAGCCGAGAACAUGGCUCAGGACGGACUUCGUGUCCUUGGAUUGGCAAGUGGACUCGUUCGUGAAUCAAAGGAUCGCCGGACGUCCCGCGGCACUUCGCCUAAACCCGAGGGCUCAUCCCUGGCCGAUGAAGACCACCUUUAUACUGGCCUAUGCUUUGCUGGAUUGGUCGGCAUGAACGACCCUCCUCGCAAGGGUGUGGACCGCUCUAUUCGUCGUCUUAUGGCCGGUGGAGUCAAGGUUAUUAUGAUCACUGGUGAUGCCGAGACCACCGCGGUGGCUAUUGCAAAGAAGCUCGGCAUGCCCAUCAAUAUGUCUUCAGCACUUGGCUCCCCAGUCCUGCGCGGAGACCAGUUGGACCAGAUGAGCGACGAAGACCUCGCUCAAGCAAUUUCACGCACAUCGGUCUUUGCAAGAACAAGUCCAGAUCACAAGAUGAAGAUCAUCCGCGCUCUGCAAUCACGAGGCGACGUUGUAGCCAUGACCGGAGACGGCGUCAACGAUGCCCCUGCUCUCAAGAAGGCCGACAUUGGUAUCGCAAUGGGCAGACUCGGUACAGACGUCGCCAAAGAAGCCGCCGACAUGAUUCUCACAAACGACGACUUCAGCACCAUCCUUGCCGCAAUCGAAGAAGGCAAAGGCAUUUUCCACAACAUCCAAAACUUCCUGACCUUCCAGCUCAGCACCUCUGCCGCCGCUUUGGGGCUUGUAAUGCUGAGCAGCGCGUUUGGCUACAAGAAUCCCCUCAACGCUAUGCAAAUUCUCUGGAUCAAUAUCCUCAUGGACGGACCCCCUGCUCAAUCUUUGGGUGUCGAACCUGUCGAUAAAACAAUGCUUACGCUUCCUCCUCGACCCCGUCACGCUCGUGUACUUACUCCCCGCCUUAUUCGAAGAGUAUUGCAGAGCUCUCUCGUCAUCAUGGCAGGCACACUAUACACCUACAUCUCCAACCUCUCCUCCACCGACCUCUCCAGCCACGAAGUGUCCCCUCGCGACACAACCCUCACCUUCACCGCCUUCGUCCUCUUUGACAUGUUCAACGCCCUGACCUGCCGCUCGGCCACCAAAUCCCUCUUGCUCGGCGAAAUCAAGUUCACCGGCCACAAAGCAAAUGCAAUGUUUAAUUAUGCCGUUGCUGGGUCUCUUCUAGGACAGGCAUUGGUGAUUUAUUUCCCACCUCUGCAGGGCGUUUUCCAAACAGAGGCUUUGGGCUUCAGGGAUAUUUUGGGCUUGGUGGUUCUGGCUAGUAGUGUGUUUUGGGUUGAUGAGGGGAGGAAGUGGUAUGAGAGGAGGAAAGCAAAGGGCAAUGGGUUUGUUGGGUAUAGUUCGAGGGUGUAAAGAGAGGAGAGUGCUGAAUGUUUGCAAACACCUGUGUAUAUUCAUUUUCCUAGAAAGAGCACGGAGCCUGUGUUUUUUUCUUUUUGGCUUCUUGUCCCACGUUUGCAUAGCGGUGCAGAUAGAUGGAUACAAAUGGCGUUUUUCUUAUUACUUCUUGUUCAAAAUAUGA